AUGAACAGGCAAAAUUGCUGGAUUUGUAAAAUUUGCAGAAAUGGAUCUAAGAGACUACCUUCAAACCUUACUUUGGAGGAAGUGUUACAGUGGGCCCAAUCUUUUGAAAAUCUGAUGACUACAAAAUAUGGUCCAGUAGUCUACGCGGCAUAUUUAAAAUUGGAGCACAGUGAUGAGAAUAUUAAAUUCUGGAUGGCAUGUGAAACUUACAAGAAAAUGGCCUCACGGUGGAGCAGAAUUUCUAGGGCCAAGAAGCUGUAUAAGAUCUACAUCCAGCCACAGUCCCCUAGAGAGAUUAAUAUUGACAGUUCUACAAGAGAAACUAUCAUCAAGAACAUUCAAGAACCCACUCAGACGUGUUUUGAAGAGGCUCAAAAAAUAGUAUAUAUGCAUAUGGAAAUGGAUUCCUAUCCCAGAUUUCUGAAAUCAGAAAUGUACCAGAAACUUUUGAAAACUAUGCAGUCCAACAAUUCCUGA